AUGAAGAAAUUAAAUAAUUUAUUUUCCCCUUUAAAAAACUUAGACAUAUAUGGAGUACCGAUCAGAGUCAAUUUCUAAAAUAAAGAAAUUUACAAAACAGGAUUCGGAGCUACGAUUUCUUUGAUAGUUUUCACAAUAUUUGGAUUUUCUUGCUAUUUUUUUAGCUGCGAAUUAUAUUAAAGGAAUAACCCUAUUGUAGUAACAAGUGAAUAAUAUGUUAAAACCCCUCAAAGAAUGGAUAUCGAUAAAAUUUAGUAAGUAAUAGUUAUGGGUUUUAAUGAUAUUAAUGGCUAGGCAGUCUAUGACCCAUCUGUAAUAUAAGCAAAGGCAACAAUUUAUAAUAUGAAGAGAGUUUUUAAUGAGACAACUCAAUAAUAUGAAAAUAAUAUUUAGAAGAAUAUACUUAGGCUAAGGCCAUGCAAUACAUAAGACAUAAAAGUUGAUAAAGUAAAAUAAUAUUUUAACUAAAUUUCCCUUCCACAAUACUUCUGCUUUGAUGAUAAUUAAGAGGUAUAUCUUCAAGGAGAAUUUUUUAGUGAUAUUUAUACAAGAGUUGAUGUUUACUUCUCUUAAUGCUAAAAUUCUACUUAACCAAAUUCUUCUAUCUGCAAAACUUAAGAGUAAAUCAAUAAAAUAACAUCUAAAUUGCAUUUUCUUGUUUAUAUGAUGGAUAAGAUUGUUGAUCCUUCUAAUUUUGAUAACCCAUUUGAUUAUUAAGGUAUGAAUAUUGAGACUUAUACAUCUAUAUUUUAAAGCUAGCUGCUUACAGCUUAUUUUGAAAAUUAUUACAUCUAAUCUGAUAUAGGAAUUUUUUAGAAGUCUGUAAAUCAAAUUAGAGAUUUUUUAUAUGCUUAAUCAACUUCUAGCAAUGUAUAUGGUUAAGAUGGCUUAAUAAUCUAAUUUUCUAUGAGGCCAUACAAAUAAAAAUAGAUAAUAAUGGAGAGAAGGUAUAUGAAAUUAGUUGAUUUAGUUGCCUAAUUAGGCGGAAUAUUAAAGUUGGCCACAUUAAUAGGAUUUAUUAUAGCGUAUCCGUUUGCAAAGAUUAAUUUUAAGAAGUAAAUAAUAAAUAGUAUAUUUGAUUGCGACUUUUCAUUAAAGGAAGUAGAAAGUAAAAAUAAUAAUAAUAAUAAUUAAAAUUUAAAGUAAAUUCAAAUGGAUAAAACCAAUAAUGUUAAAAGUUAAAUGAUUGGAGGCAACAUUCAAUUUCCUUUAAUUAAAAAUAUAUAAGAGUAGGAAGAUCUUAAAAGUACAAUUUACAAUCACAAAUCUCAAAGUGACUCUGAUCAUAAUAUCAGUUCAUUCAAGAGAUAAUUUGAAAUGAAUAAAAAUGAGGUGCAAGUUAGUGAGAAUAAAGUUUAGCCAAAAUAAGAGAAUAAAAAUAUUAACACUGCAUAUAGUUUUUAGUCGAAAAAUAAAUCUGAAAUAGAUGGAAAUAAUUCAAAAGAUUAAAGUUUUUUUUCAAAAAGAAAAUCAAGUCAAUAUAAAAGGAGCAAAAAGAGUAUAUCGAUGGAAUAAAGUAAAAGAUAGACUAUUAAUAAUAGUGGUAAUUAGAAUCUGUAAGACUCUGAAGUUAAAUUAUCUAUUUUAGAUAGAUUUAAAAGAAUAUUUAAUCCAAAUAAAUAAAAAAUAAAUUUUGGCUGUUUGGAGUAUUUUUAAUACUUUGUGACAUUAGCAAGCUCGAACUAUCUCAAACUAAAGAAAAUUUUCGUUUUGAAAGGUUAUGAAUAGGUGUAAAAGAAUUUAGAUAUUUAAUAUAUCCUUUAAAAGCUGUAAGAAAUUGAAAAACUUAAGUCAAUCCUACUUAACGAUGAUUAAAUCAAAUUAUUUGAGUUAUUGCCUCGUCCAGUCUUAAAAAGCGGAAAUUUUAGCAAAUCAACUUUAAAAUAAAAUUAACUUUCUAAAAAUUACAAUAUCAGUCAAGAAGAAAAAGUAAAUAAAGCAUACGAAAGUUUAAUUAACAUUUUGAAUUAAAAAAAGAAGACGUAAAGAGACCAUUAACUUAUUCAACUUUUAGAUGAUUAAAUGUAUCAAACAUUAAAAAGUAUGGGUCUUUUGUCUACGAAUAUACACAACCUAUAAUUAAAUUAAUCAAAUCAUAAACCUAACAAAAAAAAUAAUAAAUUUUAAAAUGAUUACGUGAAAGAAGAUUCUAAUUCUUUUGUAAACUAUAAUAAUAUAGAUAGUGAUUUAAAAGAAGUAAUAAUAAAUACCUUGAUGAAAUCUGAUGUCCCGGACGAAACACAAAUUACCAAUACAUUGUAUUUUAAUGAGUAAAGGUAUGUAAAUAAAAACUCUUUGAAUUUAUUCUGA